UUUCUUUUUGUCUUUCUACCAGCUUUCCUUUUUUAUAUCUUUUAGUUUAUGAUAACAAAUAAGUAAUCUUUAUCUUCUACUUUCUGGCUCAUGUUGCCCGUAAUCCGUUUCUAAUUGGAAGGCACUUGUGGUUUCUCAUUGUUUGUGCUGGUUGAUUUACUGAUUCUUGAGUUGUUUAAGCUAUCUUUUGUGCUCUUUAUGCUCUUAGCUCUAACAACAUCGAUCGUCUUUUUAAACGAAAACUGAUUAUAUCUGUACUUUUCUAAAAGGUGCCGUUUUAUUGGUGGAUGAGUUGGCAAUAUUAUUUGCUUCCUCAUCUUUUUCUUUUUCUUUUUCUGUAAAGAAAAAUUUUAAAGUUUUGCCGGAAAAUGCCUUAAAAUCACAGAGUUCUGCGUGCAAAACUCGCCGGAAUAUUAGAAUUGAAAUCAAUAUAUUAAUGUAUGAUUAAACAAACUUAAUAGUACGGGCUAUUAUUGAUAAAAACUUGAUAGUUCAGGAUUUUUUAGACAAUUAAGCCGUUUCAUUGUGUCCAAUGUUUUUCUUCUUCUUUUCUUCCUUGCAUUUGCCAGUUCUGGUGGCUUUUGUUCUGAAAUUGGAUUUGGCUUCAUGCAACUGUUUCAAUACUUGCUUUUCGGAAAGUUCCAUAGUAGCACGAUGGCUCUGGAUUGCAAUAUCCAACAAUUGGCUAUCAUAUAUUCUUGUUCAAUGGAUUUGAUGAUUAGGGUUUGACUGACCCAUGGUUGCAGCAUUACUUUCAACAACUUCUGGAAACGUAUGCAGAGAUCUUUUUAUAAACAUUCUCAUUGUAAUGUCAGUAACUUGAGCUUAGUAUGUAUUUGGGUGUUUCUGCUGUUUUUAGUUUGUAUUUGGUUCUAUGCACGGCUAGGGUUCUAAGUAUCUCAAUUCUCAACCAUUUUUCUUUAGAGCUAGGCUUGACCAAUGUUUAAACCAUUCAUCAUAAACACUUAUGGUUUAUGAAUAUCGUUCCACGCCCCACAAUACUUGGUCAGCUAGAGUCUUAAUAAAUAUAUGGGAUAAUCAAUAAGCUAAUUGAACUAUAGAAAUCCCAAAUCUACAGAUGAAUCCCGUUUAGACUCGUCUUUUGGUCAUUGCUAGGAGUUAACCCCAGGAUCCCAGAAUGAUAUUGGCCUUUCCAAAACAGCUUCGAGUGUUUUAUAAUAGUUUUUGUACCAGGUAAUUGACAUUUUCCCCUGACAAUGAAUCGCCUAAGCAUUGGGCAGAGAAACCGAACACUGCGUUUCUGUGCAAUAAAUGCAAUUACUAGGUGAUUCUAAGAAUGAAAAACUAGAUCUGAAAUCUAUAUACUUUGGAUCAUAUAGGAUAAGAAUUAGGAAUCUGAAUCACACAGGAUAAGGAUUAGGAAUUUAAAGGCUGAAUGAGAAAUAGCUAAAGAUUGAUCUGUCACCAAAACUAGCUUCUCUCUGCAAAUAUGGAAGCGCAACUGUACUUUUUAACCUUAUUGCAAUUUGUCUCACAUUCUGUGUUGGUCCAUUAAUGAAGAAAAAUUCUGCCAAAUUUUAACAUUUAAGACUCCUCUUUUGCUUGCUAUGAAGCUCAAUUCAAACAUUUUCUAUUGGAUGGAAAGACUUCAGUCAACAGCAGAAUUUAUUUAUUUUUCUUGUUUCAUCUCUUUAACAUUCACUUGAUUUCAAGUACUAAUCCCAUUCUGGAGUUUCGCUUGAAGAUGAAAGGGGAAGAGAUGGUGGGGAGAUUAGAAGCUUUUUUUUUUCUUUGUUAAUAUCACACCUGCCCUCAUUCCUUGCUUUUUCCCAUGCUUGGAGAUCCAUACAUACAACUCUUUGCUUUAAAAACCUAAUCUCAUUUAUGUAAAAAUAGUAACCUCACUUUCUGAUCCUUUUCCACAUGGAACCAAAAAGAUCCUACUUUUUCUAAAUAAUCCCGGUGUUAUGUUUCUUUCUCUUCGUCAUUUCUCUUUUUUAUUUUUUUAUUUCUUUUUAUGGUUGUUUCUGCCCCCCUUUUACCUGUUCCUUUUCUCUUAGAUAAAAGCUGAUGAAACCUUCAAAUUAUGACUGACAGCGCUGGCGUCUGCAAAUAGUACAGAAUUACUUUCAACUGCUUCUGAAGCACUGGAAAGCUGAUUUUUGUUCUCAAUGUAGUGCCAAUUUCACACAUCGGUUAUUUCUGCUUCUUUAUCAGUGUAUCUGUACUUAUCAUUUUUUUUCUUAGUCUACUCUUGAUGUCGGCUUUAAAUUUUUGUUUCGGUUUCUGCUUAUUCAUUUACUGCCAAAGGUUCCAGUAUUGAGUUAUAUACGAUCAGUUAAAAGAGAGUAUCAAUGGCACCAUGCAGUGGUGAGGGAUCCUACAUUUCUUUUUGGAACUUAAAUUAUGGGAGAUCUUCACUGGUGUUUGUCACCUUGCUCUUCUUCAACCUCUUCCUCCAAUUCACUUGAUCUAUUCCCAUUGUCAAUUGAUUCAGAACUCUGGCUAAUGGCUGAGAAGAGGGCCCAGGAGAUACUUUGGAUUCUUCAACCUUCUUUGGCUUCUGAGCAGAAGAGAAAGGUGGUUAUUGAUUAUAUUCAAAGGUUAAUUAAGCAUCAUUUUGCAACUGAGGUCUUGCCAUUUGGUUCUGUACCACUGAAAACGUAUCUUCCUGAUGGAGAUAUUGAUCUAACUGCACUGAGCCAUCAAAACAUGGAAGAGGAUUUGGUUAGAGAAAUAUGCAAUAUCCUCACAUAUGAAGAGCAGAAUUCUGAGUCUGAAGUUAAAGAUGUACGAUAUAUUCAAGCACAGGUUAAGAUUGUGAAAUGUUCUGUGAAGAAUAUAUCAGUUGAUAUCUCUUUCAAUCAAAUGGCAGGGCUCUGUGCUCUUUGCUUUCUGGAGCAGGUUGACCAACUUAUUGGGAAAGAUCAUCUUCUCAAAUGCAGUAUUAUUUUGAUCAAAGCCUGGUGCUUUUAUGAGAGUCGAAUUCUUGGUGCUCACCAUGGCUUGCUCUCAACAUAUGCAUUAGAAAUAUUGGUCUUAUAUAUCAUAAAUGCCUUCCAUUCAUCGCUACCUGGGCCUUUAGCAGUACUUUAUAGAUUUUUGGAGUACUAUAGCACUUUUGAUUGGGACAACUACUGUGUCACCAUUAAUGGUCCUGUUGCAGUGUCUUCCCUUCCAGAAAUUAUGACAGAGUCGCCGUAUAAUAAUGGGAAUGAGUUAUUGCUCUGCCCAGAGUUUCUGAAGAGAUGCAAAGAGAAAUUUUCGGUUCCUAUAAAAGCAGUUGAGAAUGGAGGGCACGAAUUUUCUAUUAAGCAUCUCAACAUAUUGGAUCCUUUAAAGGACAACAACAACUUGGGGCGUAGUGUCAGCAAAGGCAAUUUCCACCGUAUAAAAUGUGCUCUUUCUUAUGGAGCUCAAAGACUUGGAGAAAUCCUUGUGCUACCAGGAGAAAACAUGGGUGCAGGACUGGAAAUUUUUUUUAUAAAUACUUUGGACCGGAAUGGGAGGGGAGAAAGGCCAGAUACACUAGUUCCUGUACCCACCUUUGGCACUGGAAGAUCUGAGGCAUUUGAUCUCAGUGGAGACUAUGACAAUCACUAUAGUGGUCUACUACAGGGCCAGUGGUACCACAAGUAUUCCCUGCCUGUUUCUCCCGAGAUGACUCCCCCGUCAUCACCUUCUCAAAUCCAGCAAAGCUUUACUUGGGACAGACUGUCCCAAUUGCUGAGAUGCAAGCAGAAUUUUUUGUCUCAAAGAGGUACUAAUGUAUUUGUCCCAAGAGUGCCACAUCGUCAUCCUUAUGCUCCAAAGGUAUAUGCCACUGCUUCUACUUCUGAUGAAAAGGGGAAGUCACAAGGAACAGGCACAUACAUUCCUAAUGUGAGCCAUCAUCCUCGCAAAGAUAUGAUGUCAUGGAUGAGGUCGAAGAAUCCAGAUUCUCUAACUCAUAGUUCAUUAAAUUCACCUAGAAAGGCUGAGAUAGUUGAAGGUGGCCCAGGAGCAAAGAGUGAUAAUUAUUGCUGCCUUGAUCUGUCGUUUGAUCAAUACAAAGCAGGAGAAGAAAACAGGGAGAACGGCAGCUGCACAGUUCUUUCACUGGAUCAAUUCCCACUUCUUCCCUCCCUUGAAAAGUCGGUGACAUCAGAAAUCAAUCAGUCCAGUCAUCCCAUCUUGCAGUCCACGCAUGCCAAGGAAUACUCUACCUCCUCAAGAAAUAUCCCGACUGGAACUUUCAGGCAUAAUCCAUUCCCAGUGGCACUACCUUCAUCAGUGACAGGAAGGCAAACAGAAUCUGGAGUUUCUACCACUUUGGAGAUCAUGCCUGCUAGCUCGGAAAUGGGAAUGCUGAAGCAACAAAAAUCAUUAGACUGAUACAGUGAAACGAUUCAAGGUGAAAGAUGGAGCCAACAGUAGAACAGAAAGACUGAUGAAUAUUUUGUUAUGUAGAUCUUUGCCUCCAUAGAGAUGCCCAUCUCAGAAGUAUUCAAUACUAAUUCUGCUUUUGCUUUUGGUUC